AUGAAAAAAGCCACUUCAAAAGUUAUCGCACAUGUUUACCGUUCCCGCUACAGCGAACCCAGCAACGGUCCUAAAUCUAUGCAGCUGCAGCAGCUUCUUUUGGAAGAUCUCCGCAUCUCUGCUUCCUGUAUGAAAUGCCACAGGGCAAAGGGACAAGCUAUUGAUGAUACUGUCGGGAACGCGGAGGAUUCUUUUCUAAACCUUGAGUCCUAUUUUGAGCGUCUCAAAGCUACCAAUCCCGGUACUAUUACUGCUAUAGAUACUGAGCAGGAUAUUGAAGGUAACACACGCUUCCUAUAUGCCUUCCUCUCUUUUGUUGCAUCUAUUCAGGGGUUCCGCCGUCUACGCCAUGUCCUCAUUAUUGAUGGGACUCAUCUAUCCGGCAAAUACAAGGGGGUACUACUCACUGCUAGCGGUCAAGACGCAAAUUUUCAAGUGUUCCCUUUGGCUUUCGCGGUUGUUGAUGGUGAGACCGAGCACGCAUGGACCUGGUUUCUUUCUAAGGUUGAAAGGAUAAUUGCUGACUCUACUGCUCUCUCCAUUAUCUCUGACUGCCAUUCGUCCAUUCUAAAAGCCCUGCGAGAAGUCUUCCCCAUGUCCCAUCACGGAGCUUGCAUUGUCCAUUUGAUGCAGAAUGUUGUGUCGCGAUACAAGAACAAAGGCUUAGCAAAGAUGGUUUGUGAGGCUGCAUUCUCUUACCGCCGCAAAGAUUUCGAUCUCUGUUUUGGGAAGAUCAGGAAAGCCAAUGCAGCCUGCGCCACUUACCUUGAAGGCAUUGGUACGUCCAAAUGGUCUAGGACUUACUUCCCCGGCAAUCGUUACAACCUUCUCACCAGCAACAUUGCUGAGCAGCUCAACCAUGCUCUUACCAAGUCUAGGCCUUCACCUAUCAUCGAGUUGUUCAUGUUUAUUCAGCGAAUGUUAACUCGUUGGUUCUCUGCGAGAAGAACAAAAUCAGCUAAAUGCUGCGGUUUUGUCACACCGGAGGUCGAGAAGGUGAUGCAGACACAUAUUAGGCUCACUAAAGGCAUCAAAAUUGCAAACAUCACCGAUUGGAGCUAUCAAGUUAGGGGGCUGUUCGGUCAUGCAAACACUGUCUCUCUGGAAACAAAAGUCUGUACUUGCCAAGUGUUCCAGAAACUCAAAAUCCCUUGCGGCCAUGCUCUGUUAGCUGCGGACUACAUUGGUCUCCCCUAUGCCCAACUGUUUGGAGAUUGCUACAAGACACAGUCAUGGAUCGACACCUAUGCAGGACUCAUAUACCCUGAGGCCCCCUUGAGAGAUCACCCAGUAGCUGAUUCGAUCACAAUGCUCCCCCCCCAGACUCGCCGACCAUCUGGACGCCCCAAAGAUAAGCGCGUUGCAACAACAGGAGAGAUCCCGCCCCCAAAGAAGAAAAAACUUAUUCCUAACAAAUGUGGGCGAUGUGGCCGUACCGGUCACAACAGAACCAACUGCAUUAUUCCCAUCUGA